AUGCUCAAAGCUUGGUGUAUGAUUCUGACGGCGGGAAAGGACUGGAAUGGGGUUCCGGUUGACGACAUUCAGCAACACGUGGCCGAUCUGGCCGCAUAUGUGCAAAAAAUGGAAAUGGAAUAUAAUCAUUCUCGUCCAUAUAAAAAGAAGAUUUUUCCUGACGUCCCAGGAGCGGAAGGUGGCGACAGCUACCGGUUCUAUCUUGCGCUCAAGAACGCAUGCGAAGGGAGGAAGUUUUUGAUGACGGAUAAUGGUUAUCUGGGAUUAGGACCUGCCGCGAUGUUGGAAGACGACAUUGUCUGCCUACUAUGUGGCUCAGUUAUGUCAUUCGUAUUAAGGCCAAUUGAUAAGGGAUAUGAAGUCAUCGGCGAAGCAUAUGUUUACGGUAUCAUGUUCGAAGAGGCUUCAAGCUCUGAAAUUGCAUUGGAACAAUUCGCAAUGAUUUAA